UUGUCCUGCAGGGGGCGGAACCCACGUGUACCAGACUGGUGUCACUCACAGCUCGCCGUACACAGGAGCGUUGGUGACUGGAUGGCGAGUGAUAUGGCGGCGCCAGAUGUGUCCGUCAUCCUUCCUGUGUACAACGCUGAGCAAUGGCUGGAUGAAUGCUUGCAAUCUGUGUUAGAACAAGACUUUCCCGGCUCACUCCAGCUGUCUGUUUACAAUGAUGCCAGUAAGGACAAAUCCUCUGAAAUAAUCAAUAUCUGGAAAAUCCGGUUUGAAGAAAGAGGGAUCGGUGUAGUGGUCGGGGGUCACGACUCCCCCCAGCCGCGAGGAGUCGGCUUUGCUAAAAACCAGGCGAUUGUGCAGAGCUCAGGACUGUACCUGUGUUUCAUGGACGCUGAUGAUGUGAUGAUGCCGUCAAGAGUGAGGUUGCAAUACAAAGCCGCAAUUCAGCACCCACGCAGUAUAAUUGGCUGCCGUGUAAGGAGGGAGCCAGAAGGCGCCACAGAGCGCUAUACACGAUGGAUCAACAGUAUGAUGCCAGAACAGCUCCUCACGCAGGUAUUCACAUCCCAUGGACCCACAGUGAUAAUGCCGACAUGGUUCUGUUCCAGGGAGUGGUUUUGCCACGUCGGUCAGUUUGUGGAGGAUGGCAGGGGUUCUCCUGAAGAUCUGUUGUUUUUUUAUGAUCAUAUUCAGAAUGGUGGUGGAAUCCAUCGUGUGGAUGAAAUCCUGUUGCAGUAUCGCUACCACGAGCACGCAGCGACGCACUCCGUGUCAGAAGAGACAAUCUGGAAGCACCGAGUACGUUUCCUGGAGGAACGAGUCCUGAGCCAGUGGCCCCAUUUUACCAUAUGGAAUGCAGGGAAGCAGGGCCGGAAGUUGUAUCGUAGCCUAUCAACCGGAAACCGGGCAAAGGUUGUUGCAUUCUGUGACGUUGAUGAGCGUAAAAUCUCCAGGGGCUGUUACACGUACGAAGAGUCUGAGGAGAUUCCAAAACCCAAGAUCCCGGUGUUGCAUUUCCAAGAUGCAAAAUCACCUUUUGUUAUUUGUGUCAAACUGGAUUUGACAGGCGGAGGGUUUGAAGCAAACCUGAAAUCUCUGGGUCUGCAGGAGGGAGUAGAUUUCUUUCAUUUUAAUUGAGACACAAGUGGCUGUAAUGUCAGAACAUGAGGGCACAAUAGCGGAAGAGGCUGCUGGCGCACUUGGGAGGACACACUGCACGUGCAUACGUAUACAAGAGACUGGCAAACAAGAACAGACUGGCUUCUCUCAGGGGGAUUACAUUAAAGACUUUGUAGUUUUAUACAUAAUCCUGAUAAGGUUAACAGUUUCACUGCCAGAUUACACCAUAAUGUUGUGAUUCCAUAAAUAUGAUGCACAGCACGUGCGAGUAAAUAAAACAACAUGUUCCAGUCA